AUGGAAAGGCUUAGCGAUUUUGAAGAAUCAAAAAGUCCGUGAGAUAGCCAGAGAUUACACAAGCGAGACUCUUUUGUGCUCAGUGAGAUGGGUGAUAACACCUCGCUCUCAGAUUUGCUACCUGAACUAGUGCUUAUUCCGUACAGAGAUCCUCCUGAGUACAACAUUAAAUAACAUCAUUACAAAUCCGAUUGCGUUCAAAAACAUUAUUAAGCAGUUUGGCAAAGUGAGUAGCGUCGAAAGGGUGGAAAAUAUUAACAACAUCUUGGACAAAUUCAGGCUGUGCCUGCACAACAACAUCAUUAUUAACAACCCGAUGAACUACGAUAAAUAUCCCAUUGAUUUGGUAAAAUUAUUACUAGGAGCUUAUUUCUCAGAUUAUUCGAAAGAAGACCCUGACACAAGAUGAGCAUUGCUCAAACUUAUACGUGCAGUUACGAUUGGAGGCCGGUUCUCAAAGUCUCACUUUGAGUCUGUAUAUGGCUACAUCACCUCUAAAGACCCUGAUGAUCUUCUAGGAGCAGUGGAACUUAUAGAAAACAUGAUAGCGAUAUAGACAAAGAUCAUAUUCCAAUGUUUUACUUCUCAGAUAUAGACAGCUACAUUGAAAUCAGUUCCAGCUUGACCAUUGAUAAAUCAUUCAAGAAUGGGAUUACCAUAGGAUUUUGGUUCCGAAUCGAGGAGCUAAAUGGGACCUCCUUCGAAGACUACCCCUCUCUCUUUACGAUCUUUUGAGCUGGCUCUGGCGGCUUCGAAGCCUACUUUGAAGGCAAUGUUCUUUAUUAUAAAACUAUGAGCGGCAAGAGCUAUCAGUCAGGACCCGAUGAUAACAACUGUGUGGAAGUAUUUGAGUUCGAGCCGAGAACUUGGUACAGUUUGUUCAUAUGUCACAAGAAGAAGAAUCUUAAAAUACUAGUAAACGGACAACAUAUUAAAACAACCAGAAGUAUAGAGUAUCCUAAAAAUAUUGACUCUGGAAGACUCGACAAGGGAUUUCUAUGCAGAAAGAUGACCGGCCAAGUCUCAUCAAUACUUAUCUGCAGUGACUGUGUCGAACUAGAUACUGCAAUAGAGAUUUGUAGCAGAUAUCCAAAAUCAGUCCAAGCUGAUAAACUCAUGAAAGAUUUUGAGGAAGUUAGUCAGUUUAAAGAUGACAAGUUAAAGGAGAAGAUUUUUGGCCUCUACAUUCCCUCUAGAGCUUACAAAAAUACUAAAGGAGAAAUCUUUGUAGAAUUCUGAAAUUACCAUCGUAAAGCUAAAUUAAGCUCACACGCAGGAGUUUUUUGUCAAGACAAUCAGAAAAACCAGCUCCUCUUUUGUGGAGAUGUCAAAGCUCUUCUUCCAAUCAUGCCGUUGUUUCAAAGAAUAGAGGAUGUAGAGCUUGGAAGAAAAACAUUUAGUAAAUUUCUGAGCAUCAUAGAAACAUUCACCCACCUACUAACAGAGGAUAACAUCAAGGAGUUUCAUCUAGAAGGCUUUAGUAGCGGAUUUUUUCUAUUAUUCUACUCAAUACCUCUUACCUUCUUCACGAAGGACACAAUCCAAUCCCUGAUUGACAUCAGGUUUAACUUGAAGAAGGAUUUCUCUUUCUUCAAUCACAUGAUGUAUACGACUGAUAUUUGGAUAAAUCUUGAUUUUGAAAUCCAGCAUUUCUUCUGGGAUUAUGUUAACAGUAUUUACUCACAAGAUUACAAAGUAUACCUCAAAUUUAUAGACAUUAAAAGACUACUUCAGAUCGUUAAACAUCUUGUGGCGACCAAAAGAGGCCACUGAUGUGAGAAACAUGAGAGGAUCAAGGACCCUCGAUCCGCAAGGAAGUCAUCCAAAUACCUCCCAGUUAACAACCUUUCUGAGUACAUUCGGCCAAUCUUGGAGAUUAUUCGGAACAUUCUCAGUGAUUGAGCCAAAGGAGCGAAAGAAACCUCUGUAACAUCUGGAAUCACAGACCUUGUGUCAAUCAUCACUUACAAGCAAACGCCGUGCUAUAGAAUAGAGGUACUGAAGGUCAUCAAGGAUUUGGUUUCAGAACAGGAGCAGAACUGCCAUACCUUCAAAGUUCACCUCAAGAAGAGCAAGCAUUAUUUCUUGAUCCUCAAGGUUUUCAACGAGUCAUAUUAUGAUGUGCAGACAUACUGUGCUGAGAUUAUAAAGUGCUUAGACCUAGACCAGUCAAUCAAGGAGAAAAUAUUCUCCUUUAUGAAUUACUCUUUGUGUCCUCCUGACCAGAGAGAUAUAGAUGUCAGCUUGGAAGACAUGACUGCCUACCACACUCCAGUGUUUAAGAAGAACCAGUAUGGAAAUAUUCUCGACCACACUGAACAGAUGAGGAGCCAAAGUAGUCUAUAUCGAGCUAAAAAGUAUGGGUCUGCCCUUGAACCUUCUCAAGUUCUCCAAGAGCAUGAAGAGAUGAAAUAUGAGAGCUCUUCCAAGGUCAAGUUCAAGGGUUUCCCCCAUAGAACUGAUUCAAAGAUCUCUCAUGAAAACUUGCAGCAGAAGUUCACUGACCCCAACUUCAGCGAGGAUAACUCUGAAGAAUACAUAAUGUUUACUCAAUCAAGAAGCUCUAAGUACCAGUCUUCGAAAGAGAAGAUUGAAGAAGAGACUAAAAAUUCUGAGGAAUCCUUAAGAGGCGCAGACGAAGAAGACCCACUUGGAAGAUAUCUCAAGAAGCUUGAAGAGAAACGAGAAGUCAAAGAAUCCCCUGUUAUUUCUGAUGAUAAUAGGAUCGAAGUAAAUCCACACAGAAAGUCAGGGAAAAGUUCAUCCCCAAAGCGCGAUUCAGUUCCAGGACUUACUCCAAGCGUGGCAAUGAUUAAAGAGUCGACUAAUAUUCCAUUAACAUCCUCUCUAUCAAGUGAAGGAAAUAAUUCUGGAGCAAACCAGGAAGUACAUGCAGAAGAGGAUUUCAUCAUUGAAGAGCUUGGAGAUCUUUACCAAGUAUUUUUAUCGUGGAUUUUCUCAUCAAGAGAUGAAUGAGACACAUCCAGACCUAUAAAGUAUAACUCAGUUCUUCCCCUUUGCCUUAACCUAGCUGCCAAAUCGACUAAAUUAAUGAAACAGAAGGUGAUAUCUGACCUAAACUUUAUGACUGUUGUUGCAAAGAAUGCCAAUAUAAUAAUGACAGAGCGUACAUUCCCUGAAUGGAUAAUAGAGCUUAUAUUCACAGUGUUUCCAUCCAAGAAAGUAAAGGACCUUGACCCCAUAUGGGACAUGGGUUGUAAACUAUACAUCCAGAUGGCAAAAAUGUGCUUGAAUAAUGACUCUUCCUCCCAUUCAAACAUCCACCAAUUGAUUAUCUGGCCCAUUAGCAAGUACCUGAAAUCUAGGAGCACAAAAGAGAAGAUUGGCAGUGACAUCAAAAAGCGAGAAAGAAUGGUCAGAACUAUCUUAUGAGGCUUCUUUGACACCAUCUCGUCAAGUAAAGAUCGAGACAAAUGGAAUCCUAGUUUUAGCCAUGAAAAUCCAUUCAGUAAAUUUUGGAAGAACACCACCCAAAUUGUCUUCCAAAUUGAAGAGUUAGUUCUCUCAUUUGAAUAUCUCAGACAUAUAUUCUCUGACGAUGCUAACACACCUAUAAAGACCUCAAAAAAUAGAGAUGGAAAGCAAGAUUUUAGUUUUAGUCUUCCCGAGAUGAAAGAAGAACAAUCAAUUUAUGCAAACACUAAGAACUACCUCUUCAUUUCUUCAGUGAAGAACACCUGGCAUGAUUCACAACUUCUCAACCUGAUGUUUGAAAUAAUUGAGCCAAUUUGGUUAAUAAAGAUCAAAAGAAGGUCAUCCAAAGUCUACAAAUCAGCUAUUGCAUCCAAUUUCAAAAACUUGGGCUACAAUCAGAUCGAGGAUCAAGUCUUAGACACUUUGGAUGAGAUAUCUUCUCGAGAUGCCAACGAGAGGCUUCAGAUUCUCUUGUCCAAAAAGGUUUACUCAGAAGAAUUCAAGAAGAAGGAGAGGCAUAAUUUCUCGUUCAUCAAAACUGUAGUUAACUUAAUCUGCCUUAGAAUAACACUUGAGCAGGACAAGAACUACAUCAUAUAUUACCUCAAGAUGCUUUGAGACAUUACUGAGUGAUGAAUCUUCAUCAGCGAGUGUUGGUCAUCCAAAAAGUCAGAUGACAACAAUGAAGUCCAGUCGAAACUCACCAAAGUGGUUGCAUUUGUAAUGUAUUUCUUACAUAGAGAAAUUAGAAGUAACAAUCCGCACCAAGAAUACUUAUGAAAUGCUUUGGAUAACAUAACUACUAUUAUAUUCGUAAUUGCCCUCAAGAAAUACGCUAAAGACCAUGAGCAUGCUGACCCGAAAGCACCAAGCGCAAGGCUUGUGACAAGGCUGCUGAAUGGUUACUUUGAGAAAACAGACAAGACCCUCUUAUUCAUCAGGAAAGAUCUUGAGAAUUACCAAGCCAAGGAUUACCAAGGCAUUUCCCAAAUUCUUUGCAGUGACCAGUUUAGUGACUUCUUCGAUGAAUCUGAACGAUUCAGAGCAAUUAAAAGGGAGUUCUGCAAAGAGAAUUACUGUGAAAUUGUAUCAAAAGAGAGGUACUCGUAUGCUAAAAAGAUCAGAAAUGAUCAACGAACCUGGGAUUAUCAGGAAAAGAAGAAGUACCAAGAGAUCUCUAUUGAUAUCUCUGACAAGCACGACCGUGUCAAGGUGGAAGAGGAUAACAUUAAGAAAGAAACCCUCCUCUGGAUCGAUAGCAGACAGAGGAUGAUGAAAAGACAUCUAAGGAAAAUCUAUAACAGCUUGUUCCUUUGGAAUGGGGUUUGGAGAAACAAGCAACUGUUUGACGAUAAUCCUGAGGAAGUACCUCUAAAAGCAUUUAAUUUUAUCACAAAGAAUUUGACUAAGCCAAUUUUGAAAAAUUAUCCUUCCCAAGGAUUAUGUUAUUAUAAUGACACCCAAGCUGAGAGUAUCCUCAAAAGGCCAAAUAUAAAAUAUCCUGGAGAUAACUGGCGAUUACUCAAAUGAGACGAUGUUUUUGAAGAUAAAAUCUACAUUAACUUGAAAGAUAGAUUUUUCAGUAGGAAAAUUUCUCUAGAAGAAAUGAAGCUUCUUGACUCCUGAUACAUUUCAUUCCUAGAAAAGUUCAUAUUUACUCGCAACGAGAAAGAUAACAUCCUUGGAGAGUAUAAAUGUACCCAGCUGACACCAAUGUAUUCAAAAGCGGGGAAAAUUCUGACUACCAAAAGAAAAUUAGUUUUCAUUGACUCAGUCUACUCAUCAGAUCUCUCCUGCUCGGAUACAUAUGGGAACCAGAUGUUGGACUUUUUCACUUACAAGAAGAAGCCGUACAAGAUGCUUUAUUCGACAUACCUAAUAUGUGAUAUCCAGUACGCAUUCAACAGAAAGUUCCUGUUCGAGCAUACUUGAGUUGAUUUGAUUUUCACAAAUUGAGAAAGUUUGACUCUCAAUUUCAAGUCCAAAGAGGAAUGCAAUAAAUUCCUAAAGCAUUUAACUGAGACUAAUCCAGCGACAAAAACCUUCCUUCAAGGGCUUAAGAAGAGCAAGGCGACGGAGUGGUGGCAAAGAGGAGAAAUUUCAACAAGCUUCUAUCUAAUGUUACUUAACUACCUCUCUUCUCGAAGUUAUAAUGAUCUUUCCCAGUAUCCAAUAAUCCCUUGGUUCAUUGAUGAGAAAUUAUUGACAGGCAAAAACCUCGAUGAAGUAAUUGUCAGAGAUUUUGAGAAGAACCUCAUCAAGCUUGGUUGCAACAAAAGACUUGAACAAGCUGUUGAGAGAUACGAGGAAGAUUGAUUUGACCAGAAAUAUCAUAGUGGGAGUUACCAUUCCAACCCAGGAAUCAUUCUGCAAUAUUUAGUCAGAAUUCCUCCCUUUUGAGAUGGGCUGAUUAAAUUCCAAAGUGGCAAGCUUGACUGAGCAGACAGGAUGUUCUCAGAUAUCGCAUUUUCAUACCAUCUCGCAUUAAAUGAGUCUCUUGAUGUACGGGAACUGAUUCCUGAAACAAUAUUUCUACCAGAAAUGUACAAAAAUCACUUGAAAAUUAAUUUUGGAGAAACCCAAGAUGGCCAGAAAGUAGACCAAGUCUUUUUGCCUGAGUGGGCAAAAGAUGACCCAUACCAGUUUACCUGCAAAUUUAAAGAAAUCUUCGAAUCGUCCCUGGUCUCUGACAGCAUACAUCAAUGGUUUGAUUUGGUAUUCGGCUAUAAACAAUUGGGAAAAGAAGCAGAAGAAGCAUGAAAUACUUUCCCUGCUCUUUCAUAUGAAGGAGGGGUUGACAUGACAGAUCCUGAAAAUAUAGCUACGAAAGACUCCAUAAUAAUCCGUCUAUAUAACUUUGGCCAGUGUCCAACCCAGCUGCUGUCAGAUCCGCAUCCAAAGAGGGAGGAUAGAAAAGAACCUCUCAGAUUUAUUCAUAGAAAUGCUGAUCUUCAAGCAAAGCCGAUUGAUUUGAACAAACAAAAGUAUGGAGAUAUAAAGGAGAUCAAAUUCGUCAAUGAUUCCCAGUUCUACAUGAUCUACAAGAAGAACAAGAUAUGUAGGAUGAUUUACAAUGAGUAUCUCGUUGGGGGCAAGAAACCCCUAAUUAGUGAAUGACCUUCAGGAAAGAUGUUCAAAAUCCAGGUGGAUCCUCUCAAGAUCCAUUUCUCAGAAUUCUCAUCUCAUAGUAGCAGUGUCCCUGUCUCAACCAUUUUGGUCAAGAAUGGACUCAGACUUCUUAUUGGAGGCUACUGGGACGGAAUGAUGGUCAUCCAGAAUUUCACUAAUAAAGAAGAAAUAAGCAAAAAGAAGCAUCUGUACAGAAUAACAAUGAUCCAGGCAAGCCAAAGCGAAGAGAUAGUCAUCACUGGGACUGAAAAAGGAGAUGUUGCUAAAUGGAACAAUAAUCAAGGAGAACUUAAGUAUGAUUCUCACUUCUUCCAUCACCAAAGUGAAGUCACCGGUUGUUGAAUUUGAGAAAAUAUGGGAGUCUUUGCUACAUGUUCAAAAGAUGGCACAGCCAAUCUUUAUGUGCUCUCUGCUACAAGAGAUCCAUCUGCAAAAGGUUCAAAGUGUUAUAUUUUACGGACUUUCAAGCAGCCAGAUAACUUGCCCCUUUCAAAGGUGUUGAUCUCAGAAUCUCCGCUUGCUUCAAUAAUUUUAUUGACUGAAGACCUAAAGUGAAUGUCAUCGUUUAGUAUAAAUGGGAAGUACCUCUCAACCUAUGAAGACAUAACCAUGAUUGAAAACCCAAUGGUGAUUCCUGACGAGAAUUUCAAUGACAAACUAAUUUACGGAAAUACGACUGGAAAGCUAGGUAAGCUAUUGUUUAGCUGUUCUGACUUCAUCUAGUAUUCCUUAAAUUGCCAUAUUUUGACUGUAAAGAGACAAGACUCUGCUUUGACAAGAACUCAGUUACACCUCUCAAUCUGACUCCUGACCAAAGAGUUCUAAUCUUUUUCCAAGAUGGUCUUUGCUGAAUAGGAGAUUUUGAGACUAACAUAAAGAAAGAGAGGAAAGAGCUUAAAAAUAUGUUUG